GCUAGCUAGGGAGAGAGUGCUGGGUCUGUGGUUAGCAUCUGACACAGGCCAGCGCCUUCAGCGCGCCCGUGCGCCAUCGAUGCGACGCCUCAUGCGCCCCCUCCUCCUGCCCCUCAUCGUGCAUGCGCUAAAGAGCACGGACAUCAAGAGCGUCGCCCCGGUGCAGCGCGCGGCGGCGGGGCAGGUCGUGCUCGCGCCGCGCAACGAGUACAACCACUUCCUGCGGCAAGCCGCCGUUUUGGUCGUGGAACACACGGAGCGGGGGUCGCUCGGCGUGUCGCUGGACUCGCCGACGCUGCUGACGAUCGGCGAGGCGGCGAAGGGCUUGCUGGAGGACAGCGAGCUCGCGGAGAACCGACUCUUCAUGGGCGGCGAGUACGGCGGCGACAGCGCGACGAUGAUCCACGCGUGCGAAGACGUCGCGGGUGCGCGGCGGCUCGGCGGGUCGGAUUUGUUCCUGGGGGGCCUCGCCGACGCGGCGAAGCGCGUCAACGCCGGCAUCAACCGCCCGGAGGACUUCAAGUUCUUCUUCAACUUCUGCAAGUGGGCGCCGGGCGAGUUGGACGACGCCAUCGCCGACGGGCGGUGGCGGGCGCUCACGGGCGUGCCGCGCGAGGUCGUCCUCGACCAGGACCCGUUCGCGGACCGGGGGAAGCUCUGGCGGACGCUCGGGCGGGCGGCGAAAAGGAAUCAUCGUGUGUAAAUUUUGUUUGCUUGUA